AUGCCGACAAUUCUACUAUUAUUCCUUUUAUGGUUCUGCAAUUUCGCGCCGUUGAGCGUCGCCGACGAUUCGGCGGCCUACACGAUUCAGAAGAAGUGCAAACAAGGCGCCCGAAAUCCGCUUGCCGAUGACUAUCACGCGUGCUUCGAGAUGUUCAAACAGCCGCUGAGUUUCGAGGCGGCGUCGCAAUUCUGCGAGAAGCGUCGCGGACGACUCGCGACGAUGGUGUCGGGCAACGACAGCGCGCUGUACUCGGCGACCGCCGAGUUGGAGCUCGCCGACGAGCACCAACAAUUCUGGGUGGGCGCCAGCAACGCCAAGUGCGGAUUCCAUUGGCUCAGCAAUGAGAAGCUCACCGACGGCCUUUGGGCUCCAGGCGAGCCGGCGUUCGGCGUCGCAAUUGAUCGCGCAUCGCUCGGCGGAUUAUGGCACACUCGGCCGAUCUCCACGAAACUGCCAUUCGUGUGCACCUAUGGAAUCACAUUGAUCAAGACGUGGCUGAAUCGCGAUGCGAUGCGCAGUCCGAUCAGCAAGAGGAAUUCAACCGACAAUCGCACAAUGAGCUCGUCGCAAUCCCAAUCGCUUUCCAACGCCGCCAAUCAAAUUGUCUCCGUCGCGUCCUCUGUGGACAGUGCGAAAAGCGCGAGGAAGCAGAAGCAGCAGCAGCGAGCGGAAGCGGCGGCGUUGACAAUGAACGCGACAGCGAGCAGCAGCAGCGAGAAGGCGAGCGUGAGCCAAGAGGAGGAAGCUAACAGUAAAGCGAGCUCCUCCAGUGAGGAGAGCAGCAGCAAGAAGGCGAGCAUGAGCCAAGAAGAGGAAGCCAAGAGCAAAAUGAGCGCCAGCAUGGAGGCUGAAGCGAAGAGCAAGUCGAAAGCUGAAUUGGAAGAGAGCUCGAGCGGAAAGGCGAGCAUGAGCCAGGAAGAGGAGCAAAGCAGCAAGAAGAGCGCUUCGAUGGAAGCUGAAGCCAAGAGCAAAGCAAGCUCCACCAGUGAGGAGAGUAUGAGCAAGAAGGCGAGCAUGAGUCAAGAGGAGGAAGCCAAGAGCAAGAUGAGCGCCAGUGUGGAGGCUGAGGCGAAGAGCAAGUCGAGCUCGGAAUCUGAAGAGACGAGUAAUAGCAAAGCUAGCGCUUCUGUGGAAUCUGAAGCGAGUUUGAAGCAAAACUCUGCCAGCGAGGAGAGCUUGAGCAAGAAAGCGAGCAUGAGCCAGGAAGAGGAGCAAAGCAGCAAGAAGAGCGCUUCGAUGGAAGCUGAAGCGAAGAGCAAAUCCAGUGCUUCCAGUGAGGAAUCGAGCAAUAGUAGGAGCAGUGCUAGUCUUGAAGAAGAGGCCGACAGCAAGUCGAGCUCGGCUAGCGAAGAGAGCUCGAGCAAGAAGGCGAGCAUGAGUCAGGAAGAGGUGGAGAGCAGCAAGAAGAGCGCUUCGAUGGAAGCUGAAGCCAAAAGCAAAGCGAGCUCGUCCAGCGAGGAGAGCACUAGCAAGAAGGCGAGCAUGAGUGAGGAGGAGGAAGCCAAAAGCAAAAUGAGCACGAGUAUUGAAGAAAGCGCGAGCAGCGAAGCGAGCAUGAGCCAGGAGGAUGAGCGAAGGAGCAAGGCUAGCGCUAGCAUGGAAGCUGAAGCUAGCAGUAAAACACGAUCCGACAGCGAGGAAAGCUCGAGCAGCAAAGCGAGCAUGAGCCAGGAAGAGGAAGCCAGGAGCAAGAUGAGCGCUUCAAUGGAAGCCGAAGCCAGUAGUCGAGCGGUUCAGAAGGUCGAGGAAGAGGCGAAGAGCAAGUCAAGUUCGGCAAUGGAAGAGAGCAACAGCCACAAGGCGAGCAUGAGUCAGGAGGAUGAAGCCAAGAGCAAGAAGAGCAUGACCAGUGAAGAGAGCUCGAAAAGCAAGAUGAGCAUGAGCGAGGAGGAAGAAGCUAAGAGCAAGGCUAGCGCUAGUAUGGAGGAAGAGGCGAAGAGCAAAUCCAGUGCUUCUAGCGAAGAAGAGAGCAGCAGGAAAGAGAGCAUGAGCAUGGAAGAAGAAGCUAACAGUAAAGCGAGCUCCUCCAGUGAGGAAAGCAGCAGCAAGAAGGCGAGCAUGAGCCAAGAGGAGGAAGCCAACAGUAAAGCGAGUGCCAGUGUUGAAGCUGAGGCUCAUAGCAAGUCGAAAGCUGAAUUGGAAGAGAACUCGAGCAGAAAGGCAAGCAUGAGCCAGGAAGAGGAGCAAAGCAGCAAGAAGAGCGCUUCGAUGGAAGCUGAAGCCAAAAGCAAAGCAAGCUCCACCAGUGAGGAGAGCAUGAGCAAGAAGGCGAGCAUGAGUCAAGAGGAGGAAGCCAAGAGCAAGAUGAGCGCCAGUGUGGAGGCUGAGGCGAAGAGCAAGUCGAGCUCGGAAUCUGAAGAGACGAGUAAUAGCAAAGCUAGCGCUUCGAUGGAAUCUGAAGCGAGUUCGACGAAGAGCCAGAAUCUCAGCGCAAUUCUAGCGUCGAGUCAAAUCGUCGCGACGGGACCAUCGGGAAACGCGUGCCCAAACCAAUGGACGUUCUUCUCAGCGAACGACACGACCACCGGAUUGUGCUUCCGAAAAUUUGAUGGUCCGCUGGAUUUCGAAGAAGCGCGACAACUGUGCGUCAGCACCGGCGGUCAUAUGGCGUCGAUUCACAACCACAAACAGAUUCUGCUGCUCUCCGCCCUUCUCAACAACAAAAAGGCGAACACGCUUCAGGAUCAAACGUGGAUCGGAUUGAAUCGCAUCCAUCAGAAAUACUAUGUCUACGAGGACGGCUCGCCGAUGGACUUCACCAAUUGGCUUCCAGGCGCUCCGAACAUCAACGACUGCACGGUGUUCACUGGCAACGAGUUGCCGAACUACCCGCACCGAGGCACCCAGUACAAGUUCGGCGACUUCCCGUGCAAUCGGAAGCAGAAGGCAGUGCUAUGCGAAGUGAGCGUCGGAGGAGGAAAGGAUCGAUCGCCGGCGACAUGCGAGCCCGGCUGGAGCUACUUCUCAUCGACAGGCCUUCUGAAGGAUGGCCGCUGCUUCAAGCAGUUCGUCGAUCGCAAGAGAUUCGACGAGGCCCGCCGAUUGUGCAAAUCGAACGACGCCUAUCUGGCGUCGAUACGAAACGAGGAUGAGUCGAGAUUCGCUUCGGCACUUGUUCAGACGAUGGCGAAUCACACGAUGCAUGAGCAGACGUGGAUCGGCUUCGUCAAACACGCGACACGCCACGAAUGGGAUGAUGGGAGUCGCGCGAGCAAGUACGCGCCGUGGGCCGACAAGCUGCCGAGGAGUCAUCGGUGCACGGUGUUCACCGGCAACGAGAUCGCCGGCGAUUGCAAGAGCAAGUUCCGAUUCGUCAGCGUCGAGUGCGACAAACCGCAGCGAGCCGUUCUGUGCUCGAAACCGGCCAUGAUCGAUGGCAAACCGUUCAAAUAUGUCGAGACGAAGAACACCGCGCGGCACGUCUAA